AUGACUGAACCCAGGGGUCAGAUGAAGAGUUCAAAUGCUGCACAUAGCACUGUAAUGGAACCACAGUCUGCUUUAUUCAACCCCUCUGCCCCGUCUUCAUCUGUGUCUUCAAAACUUGGCCAAAACAACUUCAGGAGAAUCAGCCGCACAGAGGACAACAGCCCCUAUCCGAUCCCUGGCCUAGCAGCAGACAUUCUGCACAUGCGUGUGAAAGAAGGAAGCAAGAUCCGCAAUUUACUGCGGUUUGUCACAGCUCGGAUGCAAGGGGAGGGAAGAGACAGCGACGGGACAUCGCUGAGACAGGUGGUCUUCACUGGCUCAGGCAGGGGAGUCACCAAGACCAUAACCUGUGUGGAGAUCCUCAAACGUAAAGUGGGAGGGCUGCACCAGGUAUCCAAACUCUACUACAAGACAGUGAAUGAGGUUUGGGAGAGUCCACAACAAGGAGCACCGGGUAAAACCAUGCAGAGGACAGUCCCUGCCAUCUGUAUCCUGCUCUCUAAAGACCCUCUGGAUCCCCAGGAGCCCGGAUACCAACCUCCACAAUCCCUCAGUGUUCCCACAGAGGACACAGAGAGACACAGAGCUCUGCUCAGGGCGGCUCACAGUCCCUCUUCACAGCACACAGCCAAGAGACUCUGCCUGGAUGAAUGGAGUGUAUGUUCCCCCUGA